UGUCAUGCGCUGACGGUUCGAGGUUUGCAAAGGGCUUCCAGCAUGAAGCUGUCUUGACAGCUUUGCCUCCCCGGGGGCGUCUACCCUUCUCGCCCGGUUACGCUUUGAAAAGCACCGGGGCGGUUGCACUUUUGUUUUCUAUUAUUAAACGGAAGAGGAGAUGCUAACGGGUGCUCUUGGCAGGCUGGGUUAUACUGAACACGGAUGAAAUCCAGUCCGAACCAAAAGAAGGACCCCUAACGGGCUUGUAAACAGAACAAACAUACGGAGGAACUUGAUUCAAGCAAUAACAGCAGCUGAAGAGAGAGAGAGAAGAUUACCCUGGAUGAAUUUAUCGUAAUAUGCCGUAAUUAUGGUCAUGAAGAGGCUCUCAACCAUAGGCAGAUCAUGAUCGCUUGCUACAGAAGAUCAACAAUGAGCAACUCUGGACAGCACUCAAAAUGGAGCCACAUAAGGUCCUUCGGAGAAAAGGGUGAAGACGAAGCUUCUUCCAACCAGCUAAUGGAAAAUCACCUUCUGGGGGAAAAAUGCCAAACUUUAAAGGAGGACAAACCAAGCAAAUAAAGAUCCCAAACACUAUCUUCUGAGGAGCAAAUCCUGCUUGGCUUUCCUUAAUUUAAUCCAAAGUAAAGCACAAUGUUGUGGUGAUCAGCAGAAUCUAGAAAAUCAGAAUGUCUCCGUGUUGCACAGAAAGCAGAGGAUUUCACAUUUCCAGUUUCUCAGAUCAUCUUACACACUUAUCUUUUCCUCUCGGUGGGAAUUCAAGGCUGCUAAAUCUUUCCUUAUUUAUCUGACAUCUGCCUGAGCGUCAACGUCGCCUCCUUUCCUCAAAACAUCAUGGCAACCGACAUCUCUGGCUGCAACGAGGAGCAUGACUUUUCCAAACGCUUUUACGCCAUCAUGUACACCAUCAUCUUACUGCCAAGACUGGUAGGGAACAGUUUAGCUCUCUGGGUACUUUAUGAGUACAUAAAAGAGACCAAACGGGCUGUGAUUUUUAUGAUCAACCUUGCGAUUGCAGACUUAGCUCAGAUAUUGUCUUUGCCUCUGAGAAUCUUCUACUAUUUGUCCGAAAGCUGGCACUUGGGGAAGGAGAUCUGCAUGUUGUGUUUCUAUCUGAAAUACGUCAAUAUGUACGCGAGCAUCUUCUUCCUGGUUUGCAUCAGCGUGAGGCGGUUUUUGUUCCUCAUGUACCCCUUCAGGUUCAGCGACGCCAAACGCAUCUACGACGUGUACAUCUGCAUCGCCGGGUGGAUCGUCGUCUGCAUCGGUUGUUUGCCGUUCCCACUGUUACGACUCACCUCUAAUGAGACUGAGGCCAGCAACAAAUGUUUUGUGGACCUUCCUGUGAAGGUGGUAGACGGCGCUACCUCCAUUGCCAUGGUGACCCUGAGCGAGCUGGUCGGUUUUGUCACACCUCUGCUGAUCAUCCUGUUUUGCACCUGGAAGACGGCUUUGUCCCUCAGAGAAAACAGUUCUGUUUCCCAAGACCUGGGAGAGAAACAGAAAGCUCUGAAGAUGAUCUUGACUUGUGCGGUGGUCUUCCUGGUUUGCUUCGCCCCUUAUCACAUCAGCUUCCCUUUGGAUUACUUUGUGAAAGCCCACAAAAUCCAGGACUGCUACGCCCGAAAGGUGAUUUCAAUAUUUCACACAGUGGCUUUGUCUCUGGCCAGCUUAAAUUCCUGUGUGGAUCCGGUCAUUUAUUACUUUAUUACGGAUGAAUUCCGAAGGCGGCUUUCAAGGCAAGAUCUACAAGAUAGCAUCCAGCUCCAUAACAAAUACUUUGGACAUCCAAAUGGCCUUGAUCAAAAUAUUGGUGUUGGUUAUGUGAUGGAGAAUCCAGGUGACAUCCCGAUCAAUGGAACUGCCUGACUCCAUGAGCUUUAAAGGCUACGGGUGUAGCUGAUGACUUUGUUCUGCUGCAAAUUACUUAAAUUUAAGGGUUUGACCAGUGAAUAGUCACUUUGUGUUUUUGUUGUUGUUGUUGUUUUAAAAAAAAUGUAUUUAUGUUUUUGUUUUAUAUUUGCUUCGACUGUACUGAUCUCAAGUAAUAUCCCCAAUAGUGUUAACAGUUCUGGAAUAGGAACAGUGGGCAAAAUGAGCACCCAGCCAGUGCAAAAAUUCACUUUUAAAAUCUUCAUUGAGUUUAUCCAUUUCUUAGAGAGCAGCUGCCACAAUCAAGGUGGCUAACGCAUGGGCUGUCAAGGUUUUGAAGGACACAAUAGAUAAUCCAAGGAUGAAAUACCCGGGGAGAUUUAACCUUCUUUAUAAAGAUGUAUACGAGGGGGUAUACAUUUCCUCUCCCACAGAACUUGUCAAUACUUGUCAGCACUCCCGCGUACUUGAAUACAUUUGAGAACCUCAAACAGAGAGGAAAUUCUCAGUUGUCAUAUACUAAGACUCCUAUAAAAGACUUGUUAUAUGUUCAAAAGAACUGGGUUAAGACCAUAGCAUUAAGGUCACAGUGCAGUUUAUUGUUAGAGUUUGUUAUGGUUAUGUUAAAAUUUUCUUAUUACUAAAAAUUUUCUUGUUACUGGAAUUUUAGAAUGUUCUUGUUACUGAAAUUUUAGAAUGUUCUUGUUACUGAAAUGUUAAAAUUUUUCUUGUUACUGAAAUUUAAAAUUUUUCUUGUGACUGAAAUUUAAGCAAAAAAGUUACCAGUCGAAUUGAUUUUUUUUAAAAAAGCAGAAUGCUGCAAACGGCUGAUUUGUGGUAAAAGCUCACAUCCCUGUGGCUAUCGAGGUAAUGACAGCCAGUUGCUAUUACACCAGACAAGGAGAGAGGUUAUUGAUUUGUUCUGUUCAUCUGCUGUAGUAAAUGAAAAUGAAUGGAUUACAAA